GAUUGAGACAGGUAGGUGUGUGUGUGAGUGAAGGCGGAAGGAGCCGUGGUCGCUGGCGGAGUGAGUGCAUCAUGGAAGGGAGGGGGGACGCCGCCGCCUCAGAGCAGGAAUGAGAACACACCUUCGCUCCAUUUCCCACGCAGCAAGCCUCCUCGGACAAGUUACCCGGCGCUGGAGGUUUCGCAGACGCUGAGGUGGAUUUGAGCGGCCAAUAUGUCCGAGUAGGCGAAUCCACCCGCCGGUCUGUUCGGUGCGAGGAAUUGCCCACCUGUGCGUGUACGAGAGAAACUGCCGGCGUUGAAGAGACGGUGUAAAAGUUAGUGUGUCCAUGGAAAGAAAGUGAACGACCGCGGGAAAGACAACGUGCGAGACGGGACAACCAUAUAUCAACGGUUCUGAUAUGGAGAUGUCGCUGUGCUUGCGAAAGUCUAUCCAGAAAGUUGAAGUGGAUCCCAAGCCACAACAGACAGGAUUGUAGAUUCGGCCGCUAGAAGUAUCGUUUGUGAAUGUACGCCGGCUCCGGGGAAGUCAGCAUGCUGCCCGCUGCUGUGAAGAGAUGGCUUAACAAGCCCAAAAGAUCCAACCCACACCCAUUGGCUCAAUUCUUCUAUGCAGAUAAGGAAGUGAUUCGAGUGAUGACUGAGCUGAAUAAUGUGAAUAUACACAAUGACCCCCAAGAGUAUGUGGUGCAACUGAACAAUCUCCGGGCCAAACAGGACCACAUGCUGCAGAUAAUUAAUCAGAUCAUGGAUGAAUGCAUCCCUAAUGAGCGACCAAAUCGAGAGUUCCAGGUCAAGUUUCCUGAUGAGAUCUUGCAGGACCACUUAGGAGUACAACUUUGGUUUGCUGCUGAGUGUUUAGUGGCAGGUUCUGCCAUUGAGGUGCAUGAAUCUGAAGUGUAUCAGUUGCGCCCUCUGGCGGAAGACCUGCUGCACAGUUUGGAGGAGGUGCGGACACUUCUCCGGGAACAGUGCUUCUCCGAUUACAGCGUCUACACUGAUGAUAUCAAAGUAUCUCUAGUUCGGUUUGACAGGAUCUUUGCGGAGUUUGAGUUCAACUAUGUUUCUGCAGUAAUCCCCAUCAAAUCUCCUGCGGAACUCUUCAGUCAGCAACAGAUUAUUGUACUCUUCUGUGAAACCAUAAAUAGGGCACUGAAACUGGGUUACUUGACACAAGAGAUGAUUGAUGGCUUGGAACCUGUACUGAUGUUCACCAUUCCCCGCCUUGCUAUCAUUUGUGGGCUGAUUAUCUACCCAGAAGGACCCCUCAAUCUAGAGCAGGAGCCAGAUGAGAUGUCCAGGCUCUUUAAACCUUUCUACGCCCUCUUGCAAAAAAUAAGGGACUUGCUUUAUGUUCUCACAGAAGAAGAAUUCUCUACAUUGGAGAAGAGCCUAUGUGCAGCAGAAUCUGAGGAUUUCUUCAAUCCCCACACAGUGUUUCCCAGUCUUCCAUCUCUUCACAACUCGACAUUGCAUCGUGACAUUCUUCAUCAACCAGCACAUGCUGGUGAUGUUUCACCUAUUUGCCAUGAUGCAGUGGAACAUGACCAUCAACCACCUAAUGAGCUCUAUUGCUACCAGUCUACCUCGAAUGCAUCCAAUUCGGGCAAGCAAACCCCAAAUGAAAUACAACAUCCUUUGGAAGGUUCUAAUUUUAUUCUUAAUAGAGAUAAUGAAAUGUGGGGACAAGACUACGAAUGGAUUGUAAAUGUUGGUACACAGGAGGAUACACCGAAUCAAAACAAGAUCAACUUCACAGAUAGUCCAAGGUCAUCUUUGUCUACUUCCAAUGACAGCCUGACUGAUUCAAAUAACAUGCAGUGCUAUUGUGUUGCAGUCAAUAAUUCUCAUUCAGACACUGAACAUCCAGAAUUCCUUGGUAGGCUUGAAACCAUGGGAGCAUCCACAAUGGCUACCAUCCAAGCUCCGAAUUCUCCAGAUGGGUGCCAUGUGCCAACAACUUCUGAACAAGAUUAUGUUUCUCAUUUCUUAAAUGCCGAUUGUCCUGGUGAGCACACUGAAAUACACAAACCUGGGGCUGCUUCAUUUUGUGGAGCAAGUCCAGAGCAUGGUAUAUGCAUGUCAAAUAUUUUGGGGACUGAAGAUUUACACAGGAAUAACAGCAGAUCCUCUUCAGGAGAAAAUGAGUCUCAUGUUACAGAUUUGGAAAUGGAAAGGCGAGCAAUACAAAUAGUGAAAGCCUUAGUAAGAGAGGAAAUACGAUCACGGUACCAGAACAGUAAUGACAUGCUUCAUCGGCUCUUUGUUUGUAUUUCAGGUGUAGCAGAUCAACUUCAGACCAACUUUGCGGGAGAUCUGCGUCUGAUUCUAAAGACUGUUUUUGAAAUUGUGACGGCUAUACCAGAAACAAAUGAGGACAUUGUGGAAAAAGAAGAAGCAGAGGAGCACUUUAAUACAGAACUCUCCUUGGAAGAUUGUGUACUAUGUCAGGAGUCUCAUACUCCAUCUAGAACUUCCAAUUUAAACAGCACCAAAUCAGAAGUGCCUCCUGAGUGGGUUGCUGACUCUGCCUGCAGCCAAUGCAUGUCUUGUAAAGCACCAUUUACUAUUAUCAGGAGACGUCAUCACUGCAGGAACUGUGGAAAGAUCUUUUGUUCUCGCUGUUCCUCACAAUCGGCUCCACUACCUUGGUACGGACAGAUGAAGCCGGUCCGUGUCUGCUCACAUUGUUACACGUUCCACCUCACUUCCAACUACUCCAGCACAUCUGCCUCUUAGACUGGUGUUAAAAAACCUGACAGAUUUGCAAAGAGAAGAACUCUGGAUUAAACCCUAAGCAAUUUGGUUCCUGACAGGAAACCCAUCCUAAGAUGAAUUUGACCACAAGCAAUCCAAUUUCUCGGGUCCAAUUUUGUUGUGCAAACCGAUGUUUUAAGUCUGAUUGCAAUGCAAAUCUAUAAAGAACAGCUGAUGUGUAUUAUUUCUGGAGUAUAUGGCAUAAAUAGUGUAACUGGGCUGAUUAAUGACAACUGCGUCAAUUAUUUAUUCCCAUGGGGUAAAAGGAAUCUGAAAUUAUUUUGUGGUUUUAAGGGAAGGGUUCAUCAUGGAGCCUAAAUUUGACUCUUUACAACAAUAAUAUAAAGUAUAAGUUGAUUUAAUAAGGAUGCAAAAGCCGAAAUGCCUAAAUAUCAAAUCUUCCUGAAGUUAAGUGUUAUCUUUUGUUACAACUUUGGUUUUGAUGGGUGAUCUAUCUGGAUAUUUGGGUAUCAUUACAAUUCGAGGAGAAACAAAGUGGGUCGCUGAACUCUGAUUUAUCUUUAGAACAAGAUACUGCAAAACCAGGCACUAAGUGGCAAUGAUUUGAUGCCUGCAAAAUGGCCUUUGGUGCUCUACAGGUCGAAAGGGUGGUAAGACGUGAUUACAGGAAGAAAUGUUGGUAUAUUCAUUUAUUUCCUGGAACAAAAAUCAAAAAUAUACAUGAUUUUUCCUUUACUCCUGUAAUUCUUGUCCAAUUUUCAGUAACCUAUUUGUUAUUUCUGAAUAUUUUGAGCCCCAAAGUUAAAAGGUUACGAGCAGUUUGCACAUUAGUUUGUAAUUUUACUGGAAAUAAUCUCUGGGAACUUGGCUGUUACUUGCAUAAUGUAAUAUUUGUGUACAUUAUAUACAAUCACUCUUGGCAUCUUUCAACAAACUAAAUUUCCAGUGAGGAACCUAAAACACUAAUCAAUGGCUUUAACCAUUUGCUGAUAUAACAAACCCCACUUGUUAACUAUAUUAUUCAACAUUUUAAAUGGAUGCUAUUGAGAUGCUCCACUCAUCUACAGAUUAUGGAUGUGAUUACUGCAGAAUAAUACUUUGGGUCAUGUUUUCAGAAAUUCUCAGGUUGCCAAUUCCAGUUUUCCAAAAGGGAAAUGUGGACUGAAUUAAAAAGCUGAGCUUUGCACACAUCCCAAAUGUUUACGGAUCAAUUCUGGAUACAGCUGAAUAAUUUACUUUGCACUAGCUAGUGUUUAAAUUUCGGAUUGUUUGUAAUUAUUGAUUUAAUGCAAAUUAAAUGAAUUUGAUGAAAUAUCCUAUAUAAUGCUGUUUAAAAACUAUACUGCACUAUUUCAUUGUGAUGCAUAAAUCAUUUGAUCUGAAACUUGGGCAAAUUGAAUAUUCUUUAUGGAAAAAUGCACUUUUAUACAUGAAAAUAAAAAUUAAAAAUUGGGUACAUUUCAAA